CCCUGAAACCUAAACACUCCACCUUUUCGGAUAAGCUAGAAACGCUCUGUACUCCCUCCGGCAACCGUCCUAUGGCUCGGCGAUCGCUGUGCAGUCUGUUGUCCGCUAUUUUUGACUGCGCUAUCCAGAGCAGCUGAUACGAAGGUAUACACUGCCCAGACCCGUCUGAAGCGAGAUAGCGCGAAGCCUCUUCAGCGCGUACGUGCAGCGAUAAGCGGUAUACUUGUGUACGCUGGCAAACUCUGACACAGCGUCCCUCGUGCAAUGGAUUCCAUCCUAGAAACCUGCCGUGAGCUGCUGUUGGAGUUGGGCGUGUACUUGUGGUGCACUGUGGCCAGGCUGGUGUUUGCACUAUGGUUCUUCUGGAAAAAGCCUCUGCCAUUGCCAGCUGCCGCCGACAAGCUUCUGCUGCGUUCUGCGACAUCUCUUGCGGCCGACAUCAGAAAUGGCAAGGUCAAAAGCGUCGACCUCGUCUCGGCCUACAUCAGGCGCAUCAGGGAGGUGCAGCCCUUCAUCAAUGCUGUCGUCGAGGAGAGGUUUGAGGAAGCGCUCGAGGACGCCAAGGAGGUCGACAGGCUGGUGGCAUCGGGAAAGAUGAGCGCCAGCCAAAUGAGCAAAGAAAAGCCGUUGCUGGGGCUGCCGUUCACUGCCAAGAACAGCAUUGCCAUCAAAGGUUUGCGACAGGACGCGGGCUCCCUUUUCUGGCGCGGACGGCGGGCCGAGGAGGAUGCCCCAAGCGUGGCGUUGCUCCGGGCAGCCGGAGCCUUCCCGCUGGCGCUGACCAACGUGCCCGAACUGUGCAUGUGGGGCGACUCGCAAAACCUGGUGGACGGCUGCACGCGGAACCCACACGACACGCGGCGAGGCCCCGGUGGAAGCAGCGGUGGAGAGGGAAGCCUCCUGGCUGCAGCUGGCUCACUGAUUGGCCUAGGCACAGACCUCGCUGGAAGCGUGCGGAUACCAGCUGCCUACUGCGGGGUCUUCAGCCACAAGCCAACAGCCGGAGUGGUGCCCAACACUGGCUUGCUGCCAGAUGUUGGAGAAGGUCUGGGGCAGUUCAACUGCGUGGGCCCCUUGGCCAGGUUUGCCGAGGACUUGCCGCUGAUGCUCAACGUACUGGCGGGGAGUGCGGCCAACGAGCUAAGACUAAAUGAACAGGUAAAUCUAAAGACGCUGAAGCUGUAUUACAUGGAUACAGAAGGAAGCCUUUACAUCAGCCGUGUGACCACUGAGGCUCGCCGAGCAGUUAGACGGGUGACCCAGUACCUGAGGGGGGCGCAUGGACUCGAAGCGCAUCGGCUACACCUGCCCGAAAUGCGAUUUGGGAUGUUUAUGUGGUUCAAGGUGGCCGGCGUCAAGCAGCCCGAUCCUAUGCCCGAGAUGUUCCGUCCCGGCGGCUUCAACACGUUAAUCGAACUGCUCCGCCAUCUAGUGGGAGCCGGCAGGCACACACUUGCAGCGUUGGCCGUGUGCAGCAUGGCGCCGCUUGGUCGCUUGCGUUCGAAGCAGAAGGCUGCGGACUACAUCACCUCCUUUGAAAUCGCCCGCGACCGGUUCGAGGAGACGCUGGGGGACAAUGGAGUGCUUGUCCUGCCCGCGGCCACCAGCGCUGCCCCGUUCCAGAAUCAGGACUUGCUAUUCCUUGAUUCGCCUGGCAUGACGGCACUGUUUAGCUUAUUCAAGGUGCCCGUCUCGGUGUGCCCUGUAAUGCUGUCAGCGGAGAGAUUGCCCCUGUGUGUACAGGUGGUGGCGAAGAGGGGAAACGACAGGCUAUGCCUGGCUGUCGCCAGGGAGAUCGAGAACCGCUUUGGUAGGCUUGAUCUUUCGGUGAAACAGCAAGGCCGAGUCUGACGUCUCGGCAAAUGACACUUUAUCAUAGCUGACCCGUCUUAUUAGAGCUUUUUAAGGUGGCCAGAAUUGCAAGGAAGCUGUUCCCAGGUGGUGCGCAAUCGCAAAGUAGAUGAGUGCCUCAGAUGCAAUAGGUUGCAUGUGUGCAAAAUAUUUUGUACAUUUAUAAUCGUGGAGAAUGAAAACGUACGCCGUAAGAAGCAUGUGCCAUUAAAAAAAAAAAUGAUGCAUCACGUCCGCGUAUACAAAGAUUUUCUAUUGUUUAUUAUUUUAAACCACUGCACAGAAAGACUAUUUCUAGCGGUUUGUUUUACAGGAAGUAUAAACAAAAGAAACUGCAACUUUCUAGGCUUAACUCCUCACAGGUGUCCCUUUCAUGAAAUCCGCGAUGUCGAUAAUCAUGCAGUGAAAUUAUUUAGUUGCUCAAUGCAUUGCUCAAAGUUUAGUUCUCGACGACCCUUUUAGAAUCGGCAGCUCUGAGCAAGCGAUAUAAUUUUUAAUAGUGAACACUCACAUGAGCUUCUCCGACUUCUCUCUAGACAUUAAUUAAGAUUUCUUUUACUCAUUACAUCAAAAAGACCUACAUCAAUGCGUGGAAGGCGCCAUUGACAACUGCGGCAUAGUGGGCUUCUAGAAUGAAGUCGGUCUAACCGCUAACCAGUUUUUAGAACUUUUAGAGUUUUACUUGUCUUUGACGUUCGCUGCUUGGCGUGACUCAACGUGUU